CCAGAACAUAAAUAUGCAAGCUGGCCGUCGGCAGCUGUGCUCUCUAGCCCCUUUUACUACAGGCUCUGAUUCAGAGCGCUGUCGUACCUCAAUGUUAUAUAGAACGCGUGUUUCGUAGCAUAGAUUCCGGAGUUCGUUUUAUAUUCUCGAAUUUCUUUUCAAACCUGCAUUCCUCCCCUUGCAUCCACCCUUUGCUCCGGCGUGCGUUGAUACCAUCAAAUAGCACUGGCGGCAUCUGAAGGCCACAUGGCUGCUGCAGCGGGGCAGCCGCACGAAGAUAUGGGCUCACAACAGGCAGAAAAGGGUUGGUGGAAAAGGGUAUUUCGCUCGGCUUCGUCUGGAAACUCCAGGUCGAGUCAGGGUCCAGAGGACAUAGACUAUCGCCCUAGAGCGACCUUGGGUAUUCUUAGUGAUCGGGAGACCGACGAAGUGCCAGGGACUGUACUCCUCCUAUCUUCCAACCGUAACGAACCGCUGGGCUUGAGGCAUCAGCCUCAACGUACAUCAGCCUCAUCGCUGCCUGUCUCACAUCCUCCAUCGAGGUCGUCUUCUCGCGCAUCGGCGCCCCCUACAAAGAAGACCGCGGACGGAAAGAUUGUCUUGAACCCACAGCCAGACGAUUCAAGAAAUGACCCUUUGAACUGGCCGGUCUGGCGACGUGAUGCCGCAUUGAUCUCACUGGGCUUUUACUGCCUGAUGGGCGGCGGCAUGACGCCCAUUCUCGCCGCCGGCUUCAACCAGGUCGCGGAGGCUUACGAUGUUGACACGCAGAAGGUGGCAUAUACUACAGGGUUGUAUAUGCUAGGGCUGGGUAUUGGAUCAGUUGUCAUGUCACCUACCGCAAUUCUGUGGGGAAAGCGCCCGGUUUAUUUACUAGGCGCAACCCUGUUCAUUAUCUCUGCAGUCUGGUGUGCAGUGUCACCAAACUACCCUAGCCUCGUCGUGGCUCGUAUCUUUCAAGGCAUUGCGGUCAGCCCCGUCGAGUGCUUACCCUCAGCAACGAUCGCGGAGAUCUACUUCUUGCAUGAGAGAGCAUAUCGAGUUGGAAUCUAUACACUUCUCCUCCUCGGAGGUAAGAACCUUAUCCCACUUGUUAGUGCAGCCAUCAUCGGCAGCCUAGGUUGGCGCUGGGUAUUCUGGAUCGUCGCUAUCAUUGUCGGCGCCUGCCUCGUUUUGAUAUUUUUCUUCCUGCCGGAAACCUUCUGGGAUCGUACCCCACGGCCCCGUCGACACCGCAAACGCCCUGAUUUCUACCGGAGCGUGUCGGACAUGGUGUCGCAUGGACUUCACAGGGGCCGCACCACCAAUGCUCAUCCUCGUGACAUCUCGGAGGAUGCUCCAGAUGCCGUUUCUCAAAAGCGGUCCAAGAAGGGUCAUGUUGGCUUUAUCGAAAACGAGCCCGAAGAUGAGGAGUUAGAGCAGGAGAAGCAGGAGUUGCCCUACGGAUCGGACCCGGUGUCUCUGGUGCAGAGCCAAAGCCAAGUGGCAGACCCGUCUGUGGAGCCUUCUGAUCCGGAAUCAACGGAGAAGCCGAGUCUUCCGCCGCUAACCAACGGCGGUGCGACUCGCUCUUCUGAUCUAGAAGCUGGACGAUUUGCGUCGCCGUCACCUGCGCGAAGCGAGUCAGCGGAUCCGGCUGCAGGGUUAAGCUUGCCCGUUCAGUAUACUAAUCGACUUCGUGACAAGACAAAAAUCCCGUACACCUACUACCUGCGACCAUGGAACGGAAGGAUUUCGCAGGAUCGUUGGUUACGGGUUGCUAUCCGUCCGUUCAUAUUGUUCGCGUAUCCGGCAGUAUUGUGGUCGACCGCCGUGUACGCGCUGUCGGUGGGAUGGCUCAUCGUCUUGUCAGAGGUCGUUUCCCACAUCUACCAAGAUAGGGAGACCUAUAACUUCACCGCUCUUCAGACUGGCCUGGUCUAUAUCUCUCCGUUCGUGGGCGGCUUACUAGGCACGGCGGUGGCAGGUAAGAUUUCAGAUAUCAUUGUCCGGUAUAUGACACGACGCAACGGUGGAGUUUACGAGCCGGAGUUCCGCCUUAUAAUGGCUAUCCCCAUCGCCCUAUCGACGACCAUAGGGCUUAUGGGAUUCGGCUGGAGCGCCCAAGAAAAAGACGCUUGGAUUGUCCCGACCAUCUUUUUCGGCCUGGUGUCGUUUGGAUGCUGCUUAGGGAGUACGACGUCCAUCACAUUCUGUGUCGAUAGCUACCGGCAGUAUGCUGGAGAAGCCUUGGUAACCCUGAACUGGAGCAAGAAUGUUUUCCACGGCCUGGUCUUCUCGCUGUUCGUUGUGGACUGGAUGGAGGAUGAUGGAGCACGAACGGUCUUUAUAGCUCUUGGCGUCAUUCAGUUCGGACUGCUGCUCUUUUCUAUUCCGAUGUAUAUUUUCGGCAAGCGGGCUCGCAUGUGGACUGUGCGCAAGAAAUUGAUGGAGAGAUUCUAAUGAUUGCCUUUGGAUAAGGCGUAACGGUUGUUCUUGGAUGCAUAAGAUAUGUUUGGGUGUACAUAAUUCCAUGUUUCAGCCUCUAGAGUCUAGAUUCAUGAUAAAUGCUACGAGACAUGAAAUUCACUAGGGAAAACAGCUA